GGGCGGCCGCAGAGCUGCGCUCCUCUUCCUCCUACUUCCUGCUGCCAAAUACAGUAUGUGGAGUGACAAACCCAGGAGAGGCUUUAACCAUCUGGACCUUUAACAGAACCAAGAGGGAAACAUCAUCCUCCAGCUGACGUUAUGUUGCUGUGGACGUUUAUGACGCCGCUCCUGCUCACAGCUGCUCACAUGUGCCGAGCUCAGGGAUGUGAUGAAUUCACUGACCUGAACAUCGGUCAUUCUUUCCUGGGCACGAGCCUCAGGGUCAGACUCUUGCUGUACACCAGAGAGAACAGCAGCUGUGCUACCCUCCUGUCCCACACCGACUUCUCUGCGUACCCCAGCUUUAAUUUGUCCCGACCCACCUCCUUCAUCAUCCACGGGUAUCGACCCACGGGCUCUCCGCCGGUGUGGGUUCACGAGCUCAUGGCUCUGCUGCUGCUCAGAACCGAUGUCAACGUGAUAGUGGUGGACUGGAACCACGGAGCCGCCAAUCUGAACUAUCUGAAGGCAGUGGAGAACACGAAGCAGGCGGCGGAAAACCUCACGGCCUUCAUUGAACGGAUGCAGGAUUCAGGUGCUAAUCUCAGCUCCAUCCACAUGAUUGGAGUCAGCCUGGGGGCUCACAUGUCGGGGUUCGUUGGCGCUAACCUCAAAGGGGCAAUCGGAAGAAUUUCAGCUCUGGAUCCUGCAGGGCCUCAGUUCACCGACAAACCUCCAGAGGAACGACUGGACCCCGAUGAUGCCCAGUUUGUGGACGUUCUUCACACAGACAUUGAUGCUCUGGGCUACAGGAAGCCGCUGGGUCACAUUGACUUCUAUGCCAACGGAGGGACCGACCAACCAGGAUGCCCCAAAACCAUCCUCUCAGGUGGUGCUUAUUUCAAAUGUGACCACCAGAGGUCGGUGUUGCUCUACCUGGGUUCUUUAAACCGUACAUGUACCAUCAGAGCCUUUCCCUGCGACUCCAACACUGAGUUCUUGGAUGGAAAAUGUUUGAGCUGCGACCAGUUCGGUGCUGAUGGUUGUCCUGUUUUUGGCUAUGAUGUCAGCAGGUGGAAAAAUGUCCUGAAGAAGCUUGGCCAAACAAAAGCCUUCUUCACCACGAACGCCCAGCCUCCAUACUGCAGAACGGGCUACAAGGUGGAGGUGGUGGUAUGGAACACUGAUGUUCACUGGGGAUACAUGACCAUCAAACUUCACCACAAUGGAACAGAAGCGGUGGCCAACGUCGACCACAAAUCCUCAGAGUUCAGGAAGUUCACAGAGACCACACUGUUCGCCCAGUUUGACAAAGACGUCAAAGACGUCGAAAAAAUGUCAGUCACCUUCUCCACCGGCAACGUCUUCAAGCCUAAAUACAAACUACGAGUUCUCCGAGUCCGACUCACGCACUUGGAACUCGACAAGACAGCUCUGUGUCGUUACGACCUCCUCCUGGAGGAAAACAAAGAGGUCAUGUUCAGGCCUGUUCCCUGUGAGGAUGCCGACUUCUGACCCAGAUCACCAUCAGAUGUGGGCCAUGUUGGCAACCGGGCCGCACUGCUGGCUAUUAUAUAGCCCAGAAAAAAAAAUUGAUUUGAUCCUGACAACGGUUUUGGCAGAUCUACCACAGUGGGGCGCUACGUCAACCACUGCACGCCAUAGAUGGGAGUGCCAUACGGACUGGAUUUGGACCAGAAGAAAAAAGUCACUCCUUGUUCAGAAUGUACGUUUAAUAUGAAAGCUGAGAAAUGUGAUGUUAAACUGUAAAUUUUUUUUUUUUUUUUAAAUACUGAUUUUGUUUAUUACACAUAAAAAUAAGAGUUUUUAAUUCCAAUCCUUUAAAAUGUAUGAAUGGGAUUUAUUACAUAUUUAUUCUUGUAUAUUAAGUCAUACUUGCAGUGUUAGAAGAUGACCACCAGGAUGACGUUUGAUUUUAUUAUUAUUUUUUUUAAACAGUAUUGACUCCAAUUUUUUAUAUAUUAACCUGUGUUUCAGAUUGAACAUGUUUUUGUCACAGACCAACAGUUGAACUUUUUGGCAGAUGGUUAAAAACAAACUGAUUAUUUAAAAAAAAAAAUCAACAUGACAGAUUUGAACUCCACAGGUUCGUGAACAGACACAGCGUACGCAGCUUCUCUCUGUACAAUAUUUACAAUAAAGAUUUAUUUUUUACACA